AUGAUUUGUUUUCAGCGUGAUUGCAUUGACAAAAUCCCAAAAAUCAUAAAAAAGAAUCAGGCUCUUCGAAUGCUCAGCAUCUGUAACAUGGAAAUGUGGACAUUCGGUGAAGAAAGAAUACGAUGUUUAGGGGUCACUGAGAGCAAUUCCAAUUCUUCUUUUCCGCUGGUCGAUGGAGUUAUUUGUUGCUGCCGUGAAGCUUGUACCGCAGCCGGUGAAGACUCAUACCUGGAUUUAUCACAUGGAUAUUUCCCGUUUGAAAUGAGAUAA